UUGCUUUUCUUUCAUUUGACUGGAUAAACUGUACCUGGACAGCUUUCAUCACUGGUUGACUGGCUGACGUGCUUCAUGAAGAGAAUCGAUCUUGGUCUCUGUCUUCUAGGCUGGGGCUCUUAUGGUCAACUUGUACGACAUCAACCCAUCGAAACUAACGCCCGUCUGCUUCCUCAGUCUUUGGCCGAUGACACUAGGUGUUUCAAGACACGAUCCAAAGAUCUCUGGUGGAGUUCUUCCGAGCUCACAAUGGUUAUCUGUCGAGUCUGGUCCUCAAAGCCGGCGUCUUUUCGCUUUCAUUCGUUGCUCAUUCCUUUUCCCACGCCUCCUGAUAAUCCAGUUCUUCCCGUGGCUCGCAAUACGCCAACUACAAAUUGA